AUGAAGCUGCAUAUCUUGCGCCAGAAGGCCGCCAGACUGAAUAAGGGAAAGAAAGCUCUGAAAACAAAACAACGACCCCACGUCAACCAGAAAGAGGCCCGACAAGUAGACAUGGAAGCUCCCGUGGAGGAAAUCAGUCUUCGCAAGCGUCCAGAGACUGAGGGCCCAGAGAUUCAACCAAGCUAUCCCUGUCUAUCGACGUGGAACAACAACCACAUACGCAACAUGCGGGAAUGCCGUUUGCUGCAACUUCCAGAGGAGCUUCUCGUCAACAUUAUGCGCAAGACGCCGCCGCACGACUUGUACAUGCUACGCCAGACCUGCUUCACGUUUUUCCGUCUGUUCCAGGACAGCGCGUUCAAGGCCGCCCACAUCAUCAAGAAGAUUCGGGGGCGACACUUGAUCUGCUUCAACCUCAAUUACCGAACUCCGGGAGGUCUCUACGGCUGGUUUUGUAGGCUGAUACCGCGGGUAGCCCGUAUGAACUGGUGCGAAGACUGCUACGUGGCGAAGACAAAGAAUUCCAAGAAUGCCUGGUGGCGGUGGAACGAUGACUACACAUGUCGGCUUUCUGAGCUUGAUGGUACGAAAUGCGGCGAUAGGCAUUGCGUUGUUUGUAUAAAAGAGGUUCGCAGCUGCGAAGAUAGGUAUUGCCUUGCUUGCCGGCGGUAUUACCCGCUGUUGGAUUUUCCCGAUUACUCUUCGAAAUGCUUCCUUCAUCAUUCAUUUAGGGUCAGCUCUUGCCCGCAUCGUUCUUACUCCAUGAGAGAAUUUGAGCACCGACAGAAGAGGCUGUUGGAAGAUUACAGUAUACAGAUGAAAUUCGUCAAGUGUGAAAGAUGUGCGAAGCGAUGUGAUACUGGUGUUCCCGCCGCGAGGGAGCACAGCCGCAUCGUCCCGCCGUCAAUCUCAAUCAUCAGCUGUACUAUCUUGUUCGAAUGGACCCUUCCCGUCUUCACUUUGGGCAAGGAUCCGGUCACCGACACAUUUCUACUGGACCGGCUCAAUGAAUUUGGCAAGAGACAUGGACGAGGAAUGCUCUGUCCGCACUUUGACUUCCGCGGCCUCCUGCAGUGCUUCGAUCCGCGAGUUUGCAGCUGCCUGGGGAUGGAUCUUCGCAUCAGCGGCAGUAGUACCAGGGCGUCUUCGAUGCCAGGACCCAACGGUAAAUCCAUACCAACUUGCAACGCAGCCUCGGCGCAGACUGCUGAGGGAUCGUUCAUUCCCGCCUCGUGGGAGAACGGUCUGGAGCAGCAUUCUGUGAGCUGCGAACACUGCAGUACUGUUUACCACUGGGCGAGAGACGGCGGCGUGGUCUUCCUCGGGCGUCGUAGUCGGGCGCUUUGGGAGGACGUCAUGACGUGCAUGGAGGACGUGGUGCACCGGAUUGAUCAGGCCUCUUAUGAUGCAACCCAGGGCUACAGGUCCAAGAACGUUCUCUGGUGUUGGGAUGAUAGAUGUAGAAAUGGAAGGGACUGGGCGUGCUGGACAAAGAGGCUCACGGCAGGAAUUCCAUGA